AUGCCAUACUUCCCCUCCCCCACCCCUGGCCCCUCGGUCUCAAUCUACUACAUCGACGAAUCCCCCCCUUCAUCAACCCCAACCCACACCUGCCUCCUGAUCCCAGGAAUUACCUGCGACCUAUCCGACUGGUCCUGGCAAGUCCCCUUCCUCCUCUCCAAAGGCUUCCGGGUCAUCACCCCUGACCCCCGCGGACAAGGCCGCUCCUCCGCUCCCCCUACCGCUGUCGAUGAAGGGAUUUACACGCCCGAGAAUCUGUCCUCCGAUUUAUCCGCUCUGCUCGCCCACCUUGACAUCACCUCCAACGUCAUCGUCAUCGGUCACUCGUUGGGAACCUGCACGUCAGUCCACCUCGCUGCUACCAACCCAGACCUGGUGGUAGGGUUAGUCCUACUAGACCCCCUGCAUUCCAUGUCCUCCGCCACGUGUGACGAGCUGUUCUCCGACCCAGCAACAACGAUGCAAAACUUGAUGGUGAGCUUUGCGGCUAAAGGGCUGGUUCCUAUUCCACCGCUGGGGCCGGAGUGGGAUUGGCAUACGACUUGGAUUCAGAGGAGGGGGAUGGCGAUGGACCCAAGCAGUAUUGGUGCGAUGACAUAUGCCUGCUGGACGAACAAGAAUGGACUGGGCAGGAAGGAGGUGGCGAUGGAGUUGUCCAAGGGGGCCAAGGCGAAGAGGCUGACGCUGGGGUGUAGUGAGUAUUGGGUUGGGACGGACAGGGAGAUGGGGGUUGAGACGGUGACCGUGGAGGGGGUUGGGCAUUGGUUUCAUCAUGUGAAGGCGCAGGAGACGAAUAAAAUUUUGGAGGGGUGGUUGGAGAGGGAGGGGUUUUGCUGA